CUUGGCGGUGCGCCGGCCGCGGUUGGGUUAGAAGCUUCCAGAUGAUGCCAGAUCCGUCCAGACGGCUGCUCAGCGCGUUCCAAAUUGGGCCCCUCAUUCACGAUUCACCAUGGUCGUUGCGGCAACGCGCGUCCGUCGUAGACUGGAUGCUUCUAGCACUCGCUCGCAACAUCUUCUACACGGACCUCCACGAAGCGUCUAGCAUUUAUGCGGACCAUGGCGAGCUUGCAAACAUAGUGGAACGUGAGGAUCUGUGGUGGUCACAGUAUGCGUGUGCUCGAGCGGGAGGCGUGAUGUGGUGUGAGCGGUCGGACAUGGUGCACCAAAGGGGUACAAAAGGCGCCCUGCCUGACGCUCUUAGCGAUUUGCGUCUCCUCAUCAACAUCUCACAAUCGCACUUGACAAUCACGAAUCGACACUCCCAAGCUCAACUCUUGCCCAGUUCAGUGCUAAUCAGUACUGACAAGCCGCACGCAUCGCAUCCCAACAAGUCAUCAUGGAGUUCUACCUCGUUCCCGAUCAUCACUCCCAACCUCACCGUCUGCGGGCACCACGCUCCGCAUUCGGUGGAGCACCAUCGUGCGGACUCGACAAUCUUCUCUGCAACCUGGUGCAAGAUCCAUCGACUCAUCGUCCAGCUCGAAUACCCAAACCUCGCCAUUCUAGCUCCUUCCAUCCUCUAGUCGAUCUGACCCUCUACCAAGAUCAUGAUCGCGACGAUGAAGAUGAAGGACAAGCCAUCGCUUUCGCCUUGACUCACCAUCAUCAACAUCGUGAGCGCGAGCGGGAGCGCGAAAGAGCACGUCAAUUGCAACUGGAGCAGUACCAACUGGACCGUCAGCGUGCGCGACGUCUUCGAGAGUUUCAAGAGGCGAGAGCAGCAGCAGCAGCGAUGGCUCGCGAGCAACAACGUCAGCGUCAGCGACAAUUGCACAUUCUGCAUCUCCAACAAGAAGCACGCGAGCAGCAAGAGCGGCAACAUCGUUUGUCCCUCGAGAAUGCUCAGAAACGUCAAGAGCACAAGAGACAGAUCGACCUGCAACGCCGUCAUCGCCAGCAGCAACAAGAUCUGAAUGCGCAAAUUCAGCACGACUUUUGGGAGGCUUUGCAAAGGCAAUUCUUCCCUUCUGUGCAAGAUCGCGAGCAGGAGAGACAAGCGGGCAUUGAGGCCCAUUUGAAGCAGAGGGCACGAGGAGAGAAGGAGCAAAUCGAGCGUACACGUGCCCUAGGGAAAGAGAAGCGAUCGGACGCUCAAGAGACCUUCGAAGGAGCGCUGCAGCUAGGCGAUGCCUUCUUGCGCGCUUUCUUUGGUGCGGAGCCCGACGAGGAGAAAGAGGAGAAGAAGGACGAAAUUUUGGAGAAAGCCACGGCUGAUGAAAGCACCAGCGAAACUCGAUCCGAAACUGAGCACGCUACACAGAGCCAUCAAGAGCUGGCAGUGCCUCGUGCGGAUGGAGAGAGGGAAGUCGAAGUGUCCGUCGAAGACACUUCAAGCACCGACUCAGCGGGACAAUCUUCGGUGACGGCAAAGGACAUUGAGAUGACCGACGCACCUUCCGCCGGCAAGAAGGAGGCGCUAAACGCCUCUUCCGACGCGAACGAAACGGUCCUCUUUCAUUAUCCUCACGUCGCUCCGACCUCUUACGACGCGAAGAACUUGAAGCUGGCACUGCAGGGCGAUCAACUUCGCAUCGAGGGACUAUGGAAAUCCUCAUCCACUUUGGAAGCUUUGAGCACCAAGCAUUCACCCGCGCAACGGCAAGCACAGGUAAAGCAAAAGGAGGGGCAGGAGGAGGAGGAGGAGAAGAAGAGUUCGACAGGUUCUUCACGUAGCAAUUCCCCGCAUCGAGGACGUUCGCCACGCCGUGCAAGAGUGAGCGACGUGGAUGAAAACGAUAUGGAGAUCAUCGAGCCUGAGCCUGAGCUGCAGGAUGAGGCAGAGGGCAAAGCUUCGCUCGAGUCGGCGGGAAGAAAUGCAGAGGAGAAGGAGGAGGAGGAAGAAGGAUACAUCUCCAUCGACGUGGAUGCUCGAGCGGAUGCUCGAGCCAAAACUUCAAACGCCAAACCAUCCACUCUUUCUCCCCUUCUCCUCUCUAUCCCGCACAAUGCCGAUGCAUCCAGCAUCAGAGCAGACUUGCACGACCAAGGUCUCACCAUUUACAUUUCCUCGCUCAUGAACGAUGCUUAGGAAGUCAAAUCUGCGCUUUCCCCCGACCUGCCCACUUCCUAGACUCCAUACUCGUCCAAAUGGCCCAACAACUCUUUCCUACCACUCCAACUCGCUUGUACCUCUUCAAUCUGGACCUUGUACGCUGUGCUCUCGAAUCAAUCAGUGAUGAACGACCUCACGAGAGCGAUAGUACCCGAAGCGUGUGAAUGUGGAAAGGGUUCGGCCAGUCAUCCAUUCAAGAAUGAUCUACUUUGCUUCUACAAGCGCGCCUUACGCUCAUUAAAGAUCAGAGUGAGCAGGCUGCAUUGUCCAUGUAAGAUCAAAGAGAGAUGUAUGUAUGUGUGUAUGUGUGUGUGUAUUGAUGAUGUGUACGGGGGU